UCAACCUUUCAAAAACCACAAUCCCAAGCCCUUAUUGUUGUACCUAGCAACGCCUAACACAUCAGUUAUACCCCUUAAUCUAGCCACCAACACUGUCCCUCAAGACCCCACUACCAACUCUGGCAAGUCUAUUAGUUCUGACCGCACCAUCGACGUUAAGUUUCACCCACCCUUGUGCUAUAGGCCACCAGCCUGUAUCCCGAUUUGUUCGAGGUCUCAUUACAAUUCGUCUGGAUAGCAAUGUUUUUCCCAUGAGAGGCUUCUAGCAACGAUGUACACGUAUGAAGUGUCUUCAGGUCAAUCAUUCGUUUGUUCCUCCUCUUCAACAUGUUCUCAACUAUCCAAACUACAAGCUGCCAGGUCCUCCUUCGCCCAAUCCGCAACCAGAAAUAUCGUCUCCCGCAGCUUCCAUAGGUGGCCAUGAGCUAAGAAACAUAUUGAGCCUCUAAUCCCAUCCUCCUUCAGAGUUAACUAAAUAUCUUACUCGUAUCUACCUAUGUUAUAUUACGACAAUGAUUACUUAAAGGGUCUAAUUUUGCAACUCAAGUAUCCUUCUAAAAUUUAACGUGCAUAUCGUUAUUAAUUUAUUUUAAGAUUACAACUUUAUUAUUUUUAAAUAAGAAAAUUAUAUUUUUAAAAUGAUCUAACCACUUUAACUAAAAAGAGGGGAAAAGAAAGUAAAUUAAGUUAAAAGAAAAUUAAUUAACCAUUGAACUAUUUAUUUUAAAAAAUAAAAUCUCACAAUUAUCUACAAAAACAAAAAAGCAACAGUAAAGUUUCGAAAUCCGAUUCCAUGGCUUCUCGUCGGCGUAUGCUUCUAAAGGUGAUAAUUCUUGGUGACAGUGGGGUUGGAAAAACAUCUCUAAUGAAUCAGUAUGUUAAUCGUAAAUUCAAUAAUCAAUACAAAGCCACAAUAGGAGCGGAUUUUUUGACAAAAGAGAUCCAAUUUGAAGAUAGAUUGUUCACAUUGCAGAUAUGGGAUACUGCUGGGCAAGAAAGAUUUCAAAGUUUAGGGGUAGCAUUCUAUCGAGGAGCUGAUUGCUGUGUAUUAGUGUACGAUGUCAAUGUCGCCAAAUCCUUUGAUGAUCUUAACAACUGGCGAGAAGAAUUCUUGAUUCAGGCCACUCCAUCUGAUCCUGAAAACUUUCCUUUUGUCGUGUUGGGAAAUAAGGUUGAUCUUGAUGGUGGUAAUAGUCGAGUGAUUUCUGAAAAGACGGCAAUGGCAUGGUCUGUUUCAAAGGGAAACAUACCGCACUUCGAGACAUCAGCAAAAGAAGGAUUCAAUGUUGAUGCCGCAUUUGAAUGUAUAGCCAAAAAUGUUCUCAAGAAUGAACCUGAAGAAGAAAUAUACCUUCCUGAAAAUAUUGAUGUCGUCGACGGUGGUUGGCCUCAGAAAUCGACUAGUUGUGAAUGUUAGUUGAGUCCGUCGGAUUGGAAGCCAGCUAAUUUUGAUCGGAGCACCAAAAAGAAAACCUACCGUAGAUUCCGCCAUUCUAUCAUCAAUUAACGGUGAACGUUUUGACAAUUAGUAAUAAACUAGGGACUGGUUUUUUGUAACAUAAGCUGGUAGAAAGGUUGAUUGUUCUUUGGUCUUGUUCUGUAAUAAAAACCGUGUAGGCUCUGUUUUAUUUGUAGUCUUCCUAAUCCUGCUCUUUACAUAACAUGGAUGAACGAUGGUUAACCAAUUUAAAUAUUUUUCUCUUGGAAUUUGGAUUCUUGUUUUGAGUAUCAAAAA